GCUCAUCAGAUUGUUAAUUGAAAGAAGUUUUUAAUCCCUGACUCAGGUGUAGCUGUGCAUAUAUAGUUGCAUUAUUGAGACAGUUUUCAGUUCAGUGUGGAAGGAGGUGGUCCAUGGAUGAACACUCUGUUUCUGGGGGCAGUUUUGGCUUGCUUAGCCCGUGCCUGGGGGACAGCCCGGUACAGGGCUUUGUUUUCAUGUCUGUCCUGUAGACUUCCAAACCUGACUUAACCUGGAGUGAUUUAAAGCAGGUGGUGAAUUGGUGGAUUCACAGGAUUCUUGCUUUAAAUUAAAAAAAAAAAAUGCACAAGGAUUGACACAUCAAGAAAAAUAAAUUCAGGCUUUUUCUGUGUUUAAAAUGAAGCUAUGGAAAUUAGUUUGCUUAUGCCUUGACAGUGAAUGUUUACCUAAUUUCUAGCCAAUUGUUCUAUUUAGAUAUUAGAGUACAAAAUGCCAAUAAAUGAAAAUACUGCUUUGUAUUUUCAUUACUAUACUGUAGUAGUCUGCAGCAGAAGGCAAACAGGAAGUGAACAAACCACAUUCCUGAUUACUUUUUCAGGUAGUCUGGAUGUGUUCAAUAGCAGUUUCAAAAUUUCUAGCCCUUUAUGCCAAGUUUUGUUGCCAUCAUAGCUGUGGUGUGGGUGGAAAAGCCCAACCAGAAAUGAGCAGAUCUAACUGUAAGCUACUUUGCAUGUUGUCAAUUGACUAUAAAUUGCAGCAGUCAUUCACUCUGUGGAACAAGCUACAUAAUUCAGGUAAGAGACUUGCACAUUGCUGUAUCUAGCCACAGAUCUUCACUGAAGAUCAAUGUUCUUGUAAAUCACUUCUACCAGCCAUUUACUAACAGUGUUCUCAUAGCUUUUUAAUGAAUCCUGUUUAAUGUGAUCUCUUAUUUAAUAAGGUAUAAGAAAAAAUGUAACGUUAACAUCUUUUUUUUUUUUUUAAUAUCAUUCAGAUAUUUUCAGGUAUUCAUCACUAUUUAAACAACACAUCUUGUUUCCCUGGAUUUUACUUUCAUCUGAGGAUUGGCUAAAUGCAGAACCUGAUGGAUGGCAAAAGCUACUGUAACCUCAUCUGUGCUGAGGCUCAGCACAUCCAGCUGGCAAGGCCUUUCUGUGCAGACCCACUGGUCACGUUUCACGUGUACCCAGAAACACCAAACCAGGUCCCUUUGGCCGAAGAUUUGGCAUUCCUUCCUUUCAUGUCGGAGCAUCUCAUCACAGAGACCUUCUACAGUGAGCCCUGCCCCUUUCCCUACCAAAUGCCCCAUUCCAGUCUCCACAAAAGUGAGUAUGGGUCAGCUUUCAUCAGGAAGAGGAAUGAGAGGGAAAGGCAGCGUGUUAAGUGUGUCAAUGAAGGCUAUGCCAAGCUGAGGCACCACCUGCCCAAGGAGUACUUGGAGAAAAGGCUCAGCAAAGUGGAGACCCUCCGUGCUGCUAUAAAAUACAUCAGGUACCUGCAGUCUGUGCUGUGCACUGACUCCGUGGUGGCAGGAAAAGGUGUCACGGAGCCAAACCAAGCACCUAAAGCCACUAACAAACCAACCCAGUUUUUGAAUUCCAUCUGAAGCGUUCCAAAGCCAGCCAAAGGCAUCCUGGCUGGGAAUGUAGUAGCCACUGUGUCAGUGACGUGUGUGUUCCUGGCACUUCUUGGGAGCAGAUCGUGGCACACGUCAGUAUCAGCCCACACAAGAGCUUUAACGUUGCUGGUAGUUACUACACUUAGAUAUCAGAGGGACAACUGGGAAAAUCUCAGCUGAAUGACUUAAGUUAAUUCAUGAAAAUCAGAACAACUUUCUAAAUUUGUCAGCAAGCUAAAAAUGUGACACCUAUAUGUGUGAAGUAACUGUAUGUAUCAUCACAACCUGCAUGCUUUAAAAUAAAAUCUCUCUGCUUAUGGGACUGAGAUUCUUCUCAUUUUCUGUCAUGUUGUUGGUUUACUCUCACAUGCACUUUCUUAAAAUAUUCACUCUAAUUGCCAGUGUUUCUUUUAAAAUGCCUUUUUAAAGGUUCUAAGGAGGGUUGUUAGAUGCCAAAAGAAAGGAUAAUUUAGUUUAAAAGUGAGAAAAUAGAGUAGGGUAGGAGCUCUCUGAAGUACAGUUACUGAACACAAGAAGAGCAUAAAGUUUUGUGAGUGCUGUUCCAUAAUUUUCUUAUUAGUGAACAUUUUAAUCACAUUGAAAACUUUUUGACAUUAAGUAAUUUCUAUUGAAAAUUGGAUUGUUGUACAGAUGCCAGUGCCCUUAAAAAUUACUAGGACUGCUUACAAAAUACUAUAAAGAGGACUGGCAAGCUUUUAGUCAUCAUCAUAAAAAUAACCUGCGAUAUAAAUUUUUUUGGACUUUAAUAAUGGUUGAGGUCUGGAGUGGUCUUCCCCAACCUCCCAGUCUGUUCCUCUGUACAGCUGAUGGUUUCAGUUAAGUGUUAUGAAAUAGAACUGUGUGAAGAUGAUGAAGAGAGAUUAGCUCAUAACCAGUAAAAUGUCUUAACCUUUA